AUGUCGGGUUAUCACCAAGUCAGAGUUAGAGAACAAGAUAUACCAAAGACCGCAAUCAACACCCCGUUCGGCCAAUACCAAUUCCGUGUGAUGGGGUUCGGCUUGACAAAUGCACCAGCAACUUUCAUUGGCCUGAUGAACAAUGUCCUCCGUCCAUUCCUACGGAACUGCGUCGUAGUCUUCCUGGACGGCAUUCUUGUGUUCAGCAGGACAUGGACCGAGCAUCUAAAGCAUCUCGACAGUGUCCUGUCCGCACUGGAAGAAGCUCAACUGUAUUGCAAGCGUGCCAAGUGCGAAUUUGUAGCUCCGUCCAUGAAGUUCCUUGGACACAUCAUCUCUAGAGAGACAAUCGGUCCUGAUCCGGAGAAGCUGCAAGCUGUUGACGCGUGCUCACCACCACAUGUGGUGACGGAUGCUAGCCAUACAGCCAUUGGUGAUGUCUUACUUCAACAGGAAGAUGGUGAUUGGCUCCCAGUCGCCUACACCAGCAGACGACUACGCCCAGAAGAAGUAAACUACACAGCAAUGGAAAGAGAAACGCUAGCUGUCGUCCACGCUUUGAGAGUAUGGAAGCUGUAUCUAUUUGAACGGCUUGAAGUUAUCACAGACAACCAAGGUGUGAAAUAUCUAGGCACCAAGACCAAUGUGUCUAAAAGGGAAGCUAGGUGGAUUGACUUCCUGGCAGACUUCAAUUUCAGCAUUGUCCACCGAUCCGGCAAGGAGAACAUCGCAGAUGCAUUGUCCCGGUCUAUUGCCAGCGUCGAGGUAACCGUACGGCAAGAACAACAGUUCCAAUAUCUGUUAGUAAACGGCUACGCAGCCGAUAAGUUCUGCUGCACUAGGAUCACCGGAUUGAAUGAUCAGGACGAGCAGCUGCAGCAGCGUUACCACUGGGAUGCCUCCAGCAAGCAGCUCUACUUGAAGCAUGACCCUGAGUGGAGGCUUUGCAUGCCGGCUGGACCACUGCGGAGAAAGUUGCUCAACCUAUGUCAUGACAGCGUGUCAGCGGGACACCCAAGGCGUGACCGAACGUAUGCGAAACUUGCUCGGAGGUACUAUUGGCCCAGAAUGGGAAGAUUCGUCGCAAGUAAGUCCAUUGUGAGCGACCGUGAUCCUCGUUUCACUGCCGAGCUUUACCGUGAUGUCUUCAAGCAGCUGGGAGUUCGCCUCUACUUUUCAACUGCCAAUCACCCGCAGACUGAUGGUGCAACGAAACGAGUGCAUCGGACAAUGGGUCAAAUCUUACGUUCAGCAGUUAACCAUCGGCAGACUAAUUGGGAGGAACUUCUGCCGAUGUGCGAGUUUGCUUACAGCAACAUGGUUCAAGGAUCUACAGGUGAUACUCCAUUCUAUUUAAACUACGGCCAACAUCCGUUAUCUGCUGCAGACGCCCUUCUCCGGGCGGUGGUUUCAACUUGCCUUGAGGCGCAAUCCUGGGUCAAUCGCCAGAAGUCAGCACUGCAAGUAGCAAAGGACAGCAUCCAGAAUGCAAUCCGAAGCCGAGAGUUCUACGCCAACCGGUCAAGACAAAACUCGAGGUUCAAGGCUAUGUUGCGCAAACUCACGUCAACGCUGAGACCAUAG